AUGGCUCACACAGAUCCCGAAGGCGUGGACGGAGUGCGCAUGACGUGGAACCUGUGGCCGCGCAACAAGGUGGAGGCGAGCAAGUGCGUCAUCCCCCUCGCCGCCACCAUCGCCCUCCUCCGCCCCCAUCCCGACAUCCCCCCCACGCUCCCCUAUGCGCCUCUUCGCUGUAAGACCUGCUCCUCCCUCCUCAACCCCUUCUCGCGCGUCGACUUCACAGCCAAGAUCUGGAUCUGCCCCUUCUGCUACAACCGCAACCACUUCCCUCCUCACUACGCCCAAAUAUCCGAAACCAGCCUCCCUGCCGAACUCUACCCCCAAUACACCACUCUCCAAUACCAACUCAACAACAACCCCAACCCUAAUCCUAACCUCUCACAUCCCCCUGUCUUCCUCUUCCUCCUCGACACCUGCGUCAUUUCCGAAGAGCUCGACUUUCUCAAAUCCGCUCUCCGCCAGGCCCUCGGACUUCUUCCCGACAACGCGCUCGUCGGGUUGGUGUCGUUCGGCACGCAGGUCCAGGUGCACGAGCUAGGCUUCUCCGACAUGUCCAAGGUUUACGUGUUCCGCGGUAGCAAGGAGAUUACCAAAGAUCAAAUUUUGGAACAGUUGGGUCUCGCCACCGUCAGGAGGGCCUAUUCCAAGGGGGGGAUGAUGACGCAAGCUCAGCCGCCUUCUGCUGCUGUCACCAGGUUCUUGCUGCCUGCUUCUGAUUGUGAAUACACUCUCAAUUCGGUGCGUUUCGUGCUGGAUGAAUUGCAAAAUGACCAGUGGCCGGUUUUACCGGGGAAGCGUCCUGCACGGUGUACCGGCGUGGCAUUGAGCGUUGCCGCGGGGUUGCUUGGUGCUUGUAAUCCUGGGACUGGGGCUAGGAUAAUUGCUUUGGUUGGGGGUCCUUGCACUGAAGGACCUGGUUCGAUUGUGUCAAAUGAUCUAUCCGAUCCCGUGCGUUCUCAUAAAGAUCUUGAUAAGGAUGCGGCACCAUACUUCAAGAAAGCAGUCAAGUUUUAUGAGGGUCUCGCGAGACAGCUUGUUAGCCAGGGUCAUGUUUUAGAUCUUUUUGCAUCAGCCCUUGAUCAGGUUGGAGUAGCAGAAAUAAAAGUUGCAGUUGAAAAAACUGGUGGCCUUGUUGUCCUGUCUGAAAGUUUUGGUCAUUCAGUCUUCAAGGACUCUUUUAAGCGUGUUUUUGAGGACGGGGAGCAAUCUCUUGGUCUUUGUUUCAACGGAACACUUGAGAUUAAUUGCUCCAAGGAAAUCAAAAUUCAGGGUAUAAUUGGACCUUGCACAUCAUUGGAAAAGAAAGGGCCUUCUGUUGCUGAUACUGUCAUAGGAGAGGGAAACACAACAGCUUGGAAACUGUGUGGCCUUGACAAGAGUACAUGCUUGACCGUGUUGUUUGAUCUUUCAUCAAGUGACCGUUCAAACACUCCAGCUGCUGCCAACCCACAGUUGUACCUGCAGUUCCUUACAAGUUACCAGAGUCCAAACGGUCAAUCAGUGCUUCGGGUCACCACAGUAACUAGAAGAUGGGUGGAUGUUGAUGUUACCUCUGAGGAAUUGGUCCAAGGAUUUGACCAAGAAACUGCUGCUGUAGUAAUGGCCAGACUUGCGUCUCUAAAAAUGGAGACAGAGUGUCAUGUGUUAAAUCAGGAAGCAUUUGAUGCCACACGAUGGUUGGACCGUUUACUCAUUCGCCUGUGCUCUAAAUUUGGUGACUACCGCAAGGAUGAUCCAUCAUCCUUUACAUUAAAUCCAUCAUUUUCUUUAUUCCCCCAAUUUAUGUUCAAUCUACGAAGAUCACAGUUUGUACAGGUUUUUAAUAACAGUCCAGAUGAGACUGCAUACUUCCGCAUGUUAUUAAAUAGGGAAAAUAUAAGUAAUGCAGCCGUCAUGAUUCAGCCAUCUCUAAUAUCAUAUUCAUUUAAUUCAUUGCCUGCACCAGCAUUGUUAGAUGUGGCUUCCAUUUCAGCGGACCGGAUUUUGUUGCUUGAUUCAUAUUUUAGUGUGGUUAUUUUCCAUGGAAUGACAAUAGCUCAAUGGCGCAACAUGGGAUACCAUAACCAGCCAGAACACCAGGCAUGCUUUUGCACAACUAUUACAAGCUCCCCAGGAUGA